AUGAGCAGUCUAGUAGGGAAGCUGGACCCUCGCAGGGUACAGUGGCGCUCGACAUGGAACACCUUUGCCACCCGUGUCCUGAGGACCAAACCUGUGGAGUCCAUGUUGGAUUCGGCCAUGACAGGGACCGGUGCACACGGCACCAGACUGGCCCGUGUGCUGUCUACGGUGGACCUGGUGUCACUGGGUGUGGGCAGCUGUGUCGGAACAGGGAUGUACGUUGUCUCUGGGCUGGUUGCCAAGGAGAUGGCUGGUCCGGGGGUCAUUGUGUCCUUUAUUAUCGCCGCUGUGGCCUCCAUACUGUCAGGAGUGUGUUACGCAGAGUUUGGUGUGCGCGUGCCUAAGACCACAGGUUCGGCCUACACAUACAGCUAUGUGACUGUGGGCGAAUGUGUGGCAUUCUUCAUUGGCUGGAACUUGAUUCUGGAGUAUCUGAUUGGCACAGCGGCAGGGGCGUCAGCUCUCAGCAGCAUGGCGGACUCGCUGGCCAAUCACAGCAUCAGUAACUUUAUGAUUACACAUAUUGGAACGCUCAAUGGUUUAGGUAAAGGGGAGCAGUCGUACCCAGACCUGCUGGCGCUGCUGAUAGCACUGAUAGUGACAGUGAUAGUGGCUUUGGGGGUGAAGAACUCUGUGGGCUUCAACAACGUGUUGAACGUCAUCAACCUCAUAGUGUGGGUGUUCAUGAUGAUCGCCGGGCUGUUCUUCGUCAACGGGGAGAACUGGGAUGAGGGGAGGUUCCUGCCCUUUGGCUGGUCUGGGGUGAUGCAGGGUGCAGCCACAUGUUUCUACGCCUUUAUUGGAUUUGACAUCAUUGCUACAACAGGGGAAGAGGCCAAGAGUCCAAACACCUCCAUCCCCUACGCCAUCACUGCCUCGCUCAUCACUUGUCUCACUGCUUACGUCUCUGUUUCUGUGAUCCUGACCCUGAUGGUACCGUACAAUGAGAUUGAUGCAGACGCCCCACUUAUGGAGAUGUUUGCCGUGCACGGCUGUAUGUUUGCAAAGUAUAUCGUGGCAGUUGGCUCCAUAGCUGGACUCACCGUCUCCCUCCUGGGGUCCCUGUUCCCCAUGCCCAGGGUCAUCUAUGCCAUGGCUGGGGAUGGCCUGCUGUUUAAGUUCCUGGCCAAUGUGUCCUCCUACACAGAAACCCCUGCUGUUGCCUGUGUGGUGUCAGGCUUUUUAGCUGCCCUGCUGUCGCUCCUGGUCAGCCUCAGAGAUCUCAUUGAGAUGAUGUCUAUAGGAACCUUGCUGGCCUAUACCCUGGUGAGUCUGUGUGUGCUCCUGUUACGUUACCAACCUGAGGGUGACAUCCACGGCUUUGUGAACUUCCUCUCUGAGGAGCAGAACAACAAGAGGAAAGAGGGUGUUCUGGCUGAAUGUGAGAAAGAUGCCUGCUCACCAACUAGUGAAGCCGAUGAGUACGGAGGUUUGCCCACAAACACCUGUGGAGCCAAAAACCUGCCGUCAUUGGGUGACAACGAGAUGCUGAUUGGCAAACCAGAUAAAACCGCCUACACUGCCAGCCACCCAAACUAUGGCACAGUGGACAUGACCACUGGCAUUGAAGCUGAAGAGUCAGAGAGUGGGAUGUCCCGCCGGUUGAAGAAGCUGAUUGGGCCACGCUACUACACUUUAAGGAUUCGACUGGGCCUCCCAGGAAAGAUGGACAGGCCAACUCCAGCGACAGGGAAAACUGUCACUGUGUGUGUGCUGCUCCUUUUCAUCUCCAUGUUUGCUUUCUGCUCUUUUAUCAUUUUUGGAGCAAGCCCGAUUGGUGAAGGUCGCUGGUGGGCGUUGCUGCUAUUAAUCUUUUUCAUUAUCUUCAUCGCCUUGCUCGUCAUCAUCAUCCUGCAGCAGCCAGAAAACCCUAAGAGGCUGCCCUACAUGGCACCCUGUGUACCCUUUGUACCUGCUUCAGCCAUGCUGGUCAACAUCUACCUCAUGCUUAAACUGUCUGCCAUUACCUGGAUACGAUUUUCAAUCUGGUGCAUCGUUGGUGUGCUGAUCUACUUCGGCUACGGCAUGUGGAAUAGUACACUGGAGAUCACAGCCAGAGAGAACGAAGUGCACGCCUCCACCUACCAGCGCUAUGAUCAAGGCGUGGACGAAGGCUUCUGCGGCUUUGAUGACGAUUUCUACCCACCUACCAGUGACCCCUGGGGUGCGCCAGAGGGGGGAUCGGGACUGACCCCACCACCAGAAGCAAAACCAGAAAGUGACGGGACGCCAUCCAAAGGGGGAGGCAGGACCGUUGCCAAUCAUGGCCUCGCAGAGGAGGAUCCAAUGGAUUUCUGA